UGCUUCAAUUCUCUUGCUCUCAUAAUCUAUAUUAUUCUGCGCUCAGUUGUCGUCUCCAUUCACACACCAGUACUGACUGGAAAUAAUGUCAUCAUCGAAAACUCCGUGUGCCGCGUGCAAGCUUCAGAGGCGAAAAUGCACUCAAGAAUGCGUCUUCGCACCAUACUUCCCGCCGGACAACCCUCGCAAGUUCUCUAACGUCCAACAGGUGUUCGGCGCUAGCAAUGUUUCUAAGCUUCUCACCGAGCUCAACGUGGCUCACCGCGAAGAAGCCGUCAGGUCUUUGGCUUACGAAGCCGAGGCUCGGCUCCGAGAUCCAGUCUACGGCUGCGUCGGCCUCAUCUCUGUGCUCCAGCAGAGGCUGAGGCACGUACAAAAUGAAGUCGACAAGGCGAAGAAGGAGCUCGCUACUUAUAUAGGCCCUCAGGCUCUACAACCUAUGGUUCCCGUUUUAGACCCUCAUCACGGAAUGGUCCCGCUUCACCCUCACCACCAGGGCAAUGUUUAUGGUCCCUCAGUUUUCCCGUACAAUAACAUGCCGCCGCAGGCUAUGGGGGCGCGCGGCGGACAACUGGUGAUUCGUGAACCUCAGCAGCAGCAUCGUGACGAGCAGCAGAUGUUGGGGUCGCAGUUAGCGACGGAUAUGGAGGUGAGGCAGGUGCAAGAGUUGUUUGGGAUUUAUGAUCAGCAACAACAACCGCCGACGACGCAGCAGCAGCAGAAGGACUUUAUGAGUUACGGUGGCGGAGGGGGAGCUGAAAUGGGCUCGGUUUCUGGGAGUGGGUUUAAUCAACCUCCAGAAAUGUCGCCAUCGCUGGCUUUGAACACAUAUGACAACACUUACCGUUCAGUACAACUACAGCAAAGCCAAGGAGGAGAUCAGCAGCAUCACCAUCAUCAAGCUCCGCGCCACCAUCUUCAAGAGCAGAUGCUUCUACCGCCGCAGCAGCCACAGCAGCCGCAGCACCAGAAUCAGCCUCUUCACCAUCAGCUUCAAGAACAGUUACUUUUAUCGCCGCAGCAGCCACAGCAGCAGCCGCUUUUAUCCCCACAGCAACUGCAACCGCAGCCUCCGGCCCAUCAGCUUCAGGCGCAGCAGCAUCAACAUCACCAUCAUCAGCUUCAGGAGCAGCUAUUUCUACGGCCACAACAACCGCAACCGUAUCAGGAUCAGCAUCAACAUCAUCAGCCUCCGCACAAUCAGCUUCAGGAGCAGCUGCUUCUACAGCCGCAUCAACAUCAAGAGCAAUCGGAGGACACGGAUGGUAGGAGCGUCGGUCCUUCUUGAUUUUCCAGUUCUGCAGAUUUUGCGCCUUUGACAAUAUCGUCCAACAUUUUUAACUUUGUUCUUACCAGAUGAUUUCGCAGAGAUGAUGUUCCCAGAGAUAUAUGGGCAAAUAUUGCGUACGUGUGACCCUGCAUAAUUUUUUUUGGCAUUGAAGAGAGCUUCGGAGACCGAGAACCGUUUUUGAAAGUAAGAUAUUCUCAUCGAUCGAUAUUGGAGAGAACUGCAUAUUUCAAGCGAAACUAUGUUCUAUCUCUUUUCUUUUGUUUUUUUUUUUUCAUUAGCUAAAGUUGUAAAUCAGAAUUUAGAAAGCAAGCUUUCGAGUAUUUCCCUUGCUUCGCUCUAUCUACAGAAACAUAGGCAUCGAGAUGGGAUGAGAAAAAUGAAGUUCGACAGCUAGAAAGC